AUGUCCCGUCUAUCGCGAGCAAAUCUCAAAGCCAGAGAAUCCAUUUUUGCAAGUGGACCGGAGCAAUACAUCGGCGACACUCAAGCGAGAUGCCCGCCCGAACUGGAGGAAUGUGUCAUGGCGAUGGAAGAUUGCUGCGAAGAGUUGUAUGAGGCACAGAUGUUACUACGAAACGGAACUCAGGAUUUGCCACGAAUGACUAAAAUUCUGCAGAAUGAAAGGGUGUUUCUUCUUGUCAACGAAGACACUAUCAAACGAUACAAAUCAAACUUGGCCGAUGAGAUAGAACCUGCUAUUGCGGAACUCAUUGAACGCGCUGAACAAGGUCUUGCAUUGCUGGAAAAGAAGCAACAGACGCUAGAAGCCAAGGUCGAAAACGCGAAAAUCAAGGCGCGCCCUCCCAUCGGAACGAGUGCUGUUCAGAAGCUGGAGACAAGACGACUGCAAACGUUGACCAAACAACGCGAAAAGCUGGAGGCGGAAGUACGAGCAUUGGAGAAGCAAAUUUUGGACUCUGACGCAAAAAAUCGUACAUGA